UUAAAACCAUCUCCAACAGUCGCUCUGCCCAAAACUCUGUCAAGUGGCAAUAGGCAGUAGCUAAAAAAAAACCUUCAAACUCUUGAAAAAUCCCAUUCUCGCACACAGCACAAAGAGAAGCGAAGACGUUGCUAGUCAUUUUCAAUCCCCUCCUUAGUCACUGAUAGAUACUCUCCUCACCAAUUCUCAAACGGGAGCCGCACGACUCGUCGUUUUGAAGCUUGAACUCUACGAUUCCAGAGGUUGAUUUUGCCAUGGAGAACUCUGAUGAUGAAAAGGAUGGAGUUUUCAGUAACUAUAUGCCCAAAGAACUAAGUUUACCUAAUGGUACCAAAUUUGUAGAUGAGGUUCUAAGCGGCCAAAGUGACCGCUGUCUUGAAAAUUUUCGUAUGGAUAAGCAGGCAUUCUACAAGUUAUGUGAUAUUCUGCACAGCAAGGGCCUGCUACGCCAUACGAACAGAAUCAAGAUUGAGGAACAAUUAGCCAUAUUCUUGUUCAUUAUUGGCCAUAAUCUACGCACUCGUGCUGUUCAAGAAUUGUUCCGAUAUUCAGGAGAAACCAUCAGUCGCCAUUUUAACAAUGUUUUGAAUGCUAUCAUGGCAAUUUCAUUAGAUUUCUUUCAGCCUCCAGGAUCCGAUAUUCCACCAGAAAUCUUGGAAGAUCCUAGAUUUUAUCCAUAUUUUAAGGAUUGUGUUGGAGCGGUAGAUAGGAUACACAUUCCAGUGAUGGUUGGUAUAGAUGAGCAAGGACCUUUCCGUAAUAAGAAUGGACUACUUUCACAAAAUGUUCUGGCUGCAUGCUCCUUUGAUCUGAGGUUUCAUUAUGUUCUAGCUGGAUGGGAAGGCUCAGCAUCAGAUCUGCGAGUUCUGAACUCAGCACUCACGAGGCGGAACAAGUUGCAGGUCCCUGAAGGGAAGUAUUACCUUGUGGACAACAAAUAUACUAAUAUGCCAGGAUUCAUCGCUCCAUACAAUGGGAUCUCUUGUCAUUUAAAUGAGUAUUCUGGUGGUUAUCCUCCUCGAGAUUCAAGAGAACUAUUCAAUCAAAGGCACGCAGUACUAAGAAACGCCACUGAGCGUAGUUUUGGGGCUCUAAAGUCACGUUUCCCUAUACUGAUGUCCGCUCCUCCAUACCCCUUACAAACACAGGUUAAGUUGGUUGUAGCAGCAUGUGCGCUGCACAAUUACAUACGUAGGGAGAAACCAGGUGAUUUGAUUUUUAAAAUGUAUGAACAUGAUACUGUACUGCAAAUGGAGGAGUCCUUGCCCCCAUUAGAGGUGGAACAUCCACUUAUGCAAGUUGAGAACCCAGCUUUGGACAUUGCUUUUGAUACAGAACAGCUAGAAUUUAGUUCUCAGUUGCGUGACUCAAUUGCAGGUGAGAUGUGGGAUGACUACAUAAGUGAUUUAUCAACCAUGUAGAUGGAUUCAUUGUGAUUUGAUAGUUUCAGGGUAGGAUUGGAUUCUUUUCAAGAUCACUGGCAUAUAAAUUCUUAAAACUUGGUCUUGAUCCUGAUGUUGUACAUUGGCGCUUUGUUUAUAACAAAGAAGUAUAUAGGUCGAUCAAAA